CUUUCUCUUCGCUGGCCCCGCCGGGGGCGCGGGGAGGCCCGGGGCUCGGCCGGGGAAGGGUUAAGCCCAGGCACUGUAUGUUAAUGAGCUCCAUGGUAAUACAGGGAGGCAGGCUUUAGCAGCCAGCCAGCCUGCUGCUGAUGGGGGAUGAGCUUCCAGUGCCAGGCAGGAGCUGGGGGAAGGAGCCCCACAGUUCCUGGGAAAUUCGGCUGGGAGAAAGAGGGAGAGGGGGAAACAGCUCCCCGCAGGAGGGGAGCGGGGAAGGGCAGGCAGCCCGGGGUGGCUCAUGCCAGAGGGGGGCGAGGAGAGGGCUCGGUGGGCAAAGGCGAGGAAUAAGGACAGUUUCGACACAGCAGUAAUUGGGCAGCCAGCCGCACCGGGGUGCAGAGCAGCGGAUCCCAGGAAGAGCAGGGAGCCUCCAGGAAUACAGAUCAGGAGCUGGGCACUUGCCGUGGAUGUUAAUGCAUCGGGGGGCCGGGCGGAUCGCCUCUCCCUAACUCCGAGGAGGCGCAGGGGGGCGGGAGGCUGUCCGCCCCCCAAGGAGACGGACAGGAGCGGACCUUGAGGUUUGAACCAUGUGAAGAACCUCGCCAGGGCAAGGGACACAUACAGGGAGCUUGGAAGUUCACCCUCCCCUUUCUCUUCUCCCCUGCCCCAGGAUGGAUCAGAGGAAGAACUGGCCUCGGAUGCUGGACUCCGAUGGCUGGUCAGCAGCUGUGGUUUUUCUCUUUUUGGUCUCACUUUCCCGGAACGCAGCCAGUACUGCCCUGUUCAACACCUUCCACUCAGAGAACCGCGACUGGACUUUCAACCACCUGACCGUCCAUCAGGGCACCGGGGCAGUCUACAUUGGAGCCAUCAACCGGGUUUACAAGCUCUCAGGUAACUUGACCAUCCUGGUGGCUCACAAGACAGGCCCGGAGGAGGACAACAAGUCCUGCUACCCGCCCCUCAUUGUCCAGCCUUGCAGUGAGAUCCUCACCCUCACCAACAACGUUAACAAGCUGUUGAUCAUUGACUACUCAGAGAACCGGCUGCUGGCCUGCGGGAGCCUCUACCAGGGCGUCUGCAAGCUGCUGCGGCUGGACGACCUCUUUAUCCUGGUGGAGCCGUCCCACAAGAAGGAGCACUACCUCUCUAGUGUCAACAAGACAGGCACCAUGUAUGGGGUGAUCGUGCGCUCCGACGGCGAGGACGGCAAGCUCUUCAUCGGCACUGCAGUGGAUGGCAAGCAGGAUUACUUCCCCACCCUCUCUAGCCGCAAGCUGCCGCGGGACCCGGAGUCAUCAGCCAUGUUGGAUUACGAGCUCCACAGCGACUUUGUCUCAUCGCUCAUCAAGAUCCCCUCGGACACGCUGGCCCUGGUCUCACACUUCGACAUCUUCUAUAUCUACGGGUUCGCCAGCAGCAAUUUCGUCUACUUCCUGACGGUGCAACCGGAGACCCCCGAGGGAGUCUCCAUCAACUCGGCCAAUGACCUUUUCUACACGUCCCGCAUCGUCCGCCUCUGUAAGAAUGACCCCAAGUUUCACUCCUACGUCUCGCUGCCCUUUGGCUGCAUCAAGGGGGAUGUGGAGUACCGCCUCCUGCAAGCGGCUUAUCUCUCCAAGCCAGGGGACGUGCUGGCCAAUGCCCUCAACAUCACAGCCCAGGAUGACAUCCUUUUUGCCAUCUUCUCCAAGGGGCAGAAGCAGUAUCACCAGCCUCCUGAUGACUCGGCUCUUUGCGUUUUCCCCAUCCGCACCAUCAACAGCCAGAUCAAGGAGCGCCUGCAAUCCUGUUACCAGGGGGAAGGCAACUUGGAGCUCAACUGGCUCCUGGGGAAGGAUGUCCAGUGCACCAAAGCACCAGUCCCGAUAGAUGACAACUUUUGCGGGCUGGACAUUAACCAGCCCCUGGGAGGCUCCACACCCGUGGAGGGGGUGACCCUCUUCACCGCCAGCCGUGACCGGAUGACCUCGGUCGCUUCGUACGUCUACAACGGCUACAGCGUGGUGUUCGUGGGGACCAAGAGUGGCAAGCUGAAGAAGAUCCGAGCAGAUGGCCCCCCCCAUGGUGGAAUUCAGUAUGAAAUGGUCUCAGUUUUCAAGGACGGGAGCCCUAUCCUUCGAGACAUGGCCUUCUCCACCGACCAGAAGUAUCUGUAUGUCAUGUCAGAAAGACAGGUGUCCAGGGUUCCUGUUGAAUCCUGUGAGCAAUACACCACCUGUGGGGAAUGUCUGAGCUCAGGGGACCCUCACUGUGGCUGGUGCACUCUUCACCACAUGUGCUCCCGGAAGGACAAGUGCGAGCGAGCAGAUGAGCCGUACCGAUUUGCAGCCAGCAUCAACCAGUGUAUGAGUGUCACUGUGCAGCCCAGCAGCAUCUCUGUGUCUGAGCACAGCCUUCCGCUCAGCCUGCUGGUGAGUGAUGCUCCAGACCUGUCAGCUGGAAUCACCUGUUUGUUUGGAAACCUCACUGAGGUGGAAGGCCAAGUUUCCGGCAGCCAGGUUGUCUGCGUUUCACCGGCCCCUAAAGAUGUCCCCGCCAUUCCUGUGGACCAAGACUGGUUCGGGUUGGAGCUCCAGCUGAAAUCCAAGGAGACAGGCAAGAUGUUCGUCAGCACGGAGUUCAAAUUCUACAACUGCAGUGCUCACCAAUUGUGCCUGUCUUGCGUGAACAGCGCUUUCCGCUGCCAUUGGUGCAAAUAUCGGAACCUUUGCACUCAUGACCCCACAACUUGCUCGUUUCAGGAAGGACGGAUCAAUAUUUCUGAGGACUGCCCACAGCUGUUUCCCACAGAAGAGAUUCUGAUCCCAGUAGGGGAGGUGAAGCCCAUCACACUGAAAGCCAGAAACCUGCCCCAGCCCCAGUCUGGCCAGCGUGGGUAUGAAUGUGUCCUCAACAUUCAAGGAGUUAUUCAUCGUGUGCCAGCUCUGCGCUUCAACAGCUCCAGCGUCCAGUGCCAGAACAGUUCGUAUCUCUAUGACGGGAUGGACAUAAGCAACUUAGCAGUGGAUUUUGCUGUGGUUUGGAAUGGAAACUUCAUUAUUGACAACCCAGAGGAUUUGAAAGUUCACCUGUACAAAUGCGCCGCCCAGCGGGAGAGCUGCGGCCUGUGCCUGAAAGCAGAUCAGAAGUUCGAAUGCGGCUGGUGCAGCGGAGAGGCCAAGUGCACGCUCCGGCAGCACUGCAGUUCCCCCAUUCACCCUUGGCUCGACUGGUCCAGCAGGAACGUCAAGUGCUCCAAUCCCCGCAUCACCGAGAUCCUGACAGUGUCAGGGCCCCCAGAAGGAGGGACGCGGGUGACGAUCCAUGGCGUGAACCUGGGGCUGGAUUUCUCCGAGAUUGCCCACAACGUGCAGGUGGCGGGGGUGCAGUGCACUCCCCUGCAGGAGCAGUACGUCAUCGCAGAGCAAAUUGUGUGUGAGAUGGGGCAGGCACUCCCAGGGAUCAGUUCCGGUCCAGUGCGCCUCUGCAUCGGAGAGUGCAAACCUGAGUUCAUGGCCACAUCCUCACAACAGUACAUGUUUGUGAAUCCAGCGGUGAGCUCCCUGAGCCCUAGCCGCGGCCCAGAGUCUGGAGGGACCAUGAUGACCAUCAGUGGCCACUACCUGGGAGCCGGCAGCAGCGUGUCUGUGUUCCUGGGAAACCAGACCUGCGAAUUCUAUGGGAGGUCCAUGAAUGAGAUUGUGUGUGUCUCUGCUCCGUCAGCACAUGGCUUGGGCCCCAUCCAUGUCUCUGUCAGUGUGGACCGGGCGCAGUUAGAGAGCACUCUGGAAUUUGAAUACAUUGAUGACCCCAGAGUGCAGCGCAUCGAACCUGAGUGGAGCAUAGCCAGCGGACACACGCCUCUGACAGUCACGGGUUCCAACCUGGAUGUGAUUCAGGAGCCAAGGAUCCGUGUGAAGUACAAUGGCAAGGAGUCUGUCAAUGUCUGUAAGAUUGUGAACACAACUACCCUGACUUGCUUAGCUCCACCCCUCACUCCUGAGUACCGACCUGGCUUGGAUGCUGUCGAGCGACCGGACGAAUUUGGCUUUGUCUUUAACAACGUGCAAUCCCUGCUGAUCUAUAAUGACACUAAGUUUAUUUACUACCCAAACCCAACAUUUGAGCUUCUGAGCCCUACUGGGGUUUUGGAUCAGAAGCCGGGAUCGCCCAUCAUCCUCAAGGGCAAAAAUCUGUGCCCACCAGCUUCCGGAGGAGCAAAGCUAAACUACACUGUCCUGAUUGGAGAUACCCCCUGUGCUGUCACUGUGUCUGAGACCCAACUGCUGUGUGAGCCCCCCAACCUCACCGGGCAGCACAAAGUUAUGGUGCACGUGGGCGGCAUCGUCUUCUCCCCUGGCUCGGUGAAUGUGAUCUCGGACAGCCUGCUGACCUUGCCCGCCAUCGUCAGCAUUGCGGCGGGAGGCAGCCUGCUUCUCAUCAUUGUCAUCAUCGUCCUCAUCGCUUACAAGCGCAAGUCCCGGGAGAACGACCUCACCCUCAAGAGGCUCCAGAUGCAGAUGGACAACCUGGAGUCUCGGGUGGCCCUGGAAUGCAAGGAGGCUUUUGCGGAGCUGCAGACAGACAUCAAUGAAUUAACCAGUGACCUGGAUCGCUCCGGGAUCCCAUACCUUGAUUAUCGGACAUAUGCCAUGAGGGUCCUUUUCCCUGGCAUUGAGGACCACCCCGUCCUGCGUGAGCUGGAGGUCCAAGGGAACGGGCAGCAGAAUGUGGAGAAGGCCUUGAAGCUCUUUGCCCAGCUAAUCAACAACAAGGUGUUUCUGCUGACAUUCAUCCGGACGCUGGAGCUGCAGCGUAGCUUCUCCAUGCGCGACCGUGGCAAUGUGGCUUCCCUUAUCAUGACAGGCCUGCAGGGAAAACUGGAAUACGCAACUGACGUGCUGAAGCAGCUGCUCUCAGACCUGAUUGAGAAGAACCUGGAGAAUAAGAAUCACCCCAAACUGCUCCUGCGCAGGACCGAGUCUGUGGCUGAGAAGAUGUUGACUAACUGGUUUGCCUUCCUCCUCCAUAAAUUCUUAAAGGAGUGUGCUGGGGAGCCGCUCUUCAUGCUGUACUGUGCCAUCAAGCAGCAGAUGGAGAAGGGCCCUAUCGAUGCCAUCACAGGGGAGGCACGCUAUUCUCUGAGUGAGGACAAGCUGAUCCGGCAGCAAAUUGAGUACAAAACAUUGAUCCUGAACUGUGUGAACCCCGAUAACGAGAACAGCCCAGAGAUCCCCGUGAAGGUGCUGAACUGCGACACCAUCACUCAGGUCAAAGAGAAGAUUCUGGAUGCGGUGUACAAAAACGUCCCCUAUUCCCAAAGGCCAAGGGCUGUCGACAUGGACUUGGAGUGGCGGCAAGGCCGGAUAGCUCGUGUGGUCCUGCAGGAUGAAGACAUCACCACCAAGAUUGAGGGCGACUGGAAGCGGUUAAACACCCUGAUGCAUUAUCAGGUGUCAGACCGCUCUGUGGUGGCACUCGUUCCUAAACAGACCUCCUCUUAUAACAUCCCCGCCUCUGCCAGCAUAUCUCGAACCUCCAUUAGCAGAUACGAUUCAACAUUCCGGUACACCGGCAGCCCAGACAGCCUCCGCUCCAGGGCACCCAUGAUCACCCCUGACCUAGAGAGCGGAGUGAAAGUCUGGCACCUAGUCAAAAACCAUGACCAUGGAGACCAGAAGGAGGGCGACCGGGGCAGUAAGAUGGUGUCUGAGAUCUACCUGACUAGGCUCCUAGCGACAAAGGGUACGCUGCAGAAAUUCGUGGAUGACUUGUUCGAGACCUUGUUCAGUACUGUGCACCGAGGCAGCGCGCUCCCACUGGCCAUAAAAUACAUGUUCGAUUUCCUGGAUGAGCAAGCAGAUAAGCACGGCAUCCACGACACAGAUGUGAGGCACACCUGGAAGAGCAAUUGCCUCCCUCUCCGGUUCUGGGUGAACGUAAUCAAAAACCCCCAGUUUGUGUUCGAUAUCCACAAAGGCAGCAUCACAGACGCCUGCCUCUCUGUCGUCGCCCAGACCUUCAUGGACUCCUGUGCCACUUCAGAGCACCGCCUGGGCAAGGACUCCCCCUCCAACAAAUUGCUCUAUGCCAAGGAUAUCCCCAGCUACAAGAGCUGGGUAGAAAGGUAUUAUGCAGACAUUGCAAAGCUCCCAGCCAUCAGUGACCAGGAUAUGAAUGCCUACCUCGCAGAGCAGUCGCGCCUGCAUGCCAUUGAGUUCAACAUGCUGAGCGCGCUCAAUGAGAUCUACUCUUAUGUCAGCAAGUACAGUGAAGAGAUCAUCGGGGCACUGGAGCAGGAUGAGCAGGCGCGCAGGCAGCGCUUGGCAUACAAAGUAGAACAGCUUAUCUGUGCCAUGUCUAUCGAGAGCUGAAGAAAGGAGAUGGUGCUCCUAGGACCAGGAGAAGGAACUAGUUACUCUUGGGAAUGAAGAGUAUGAACAAGCAAGGAAGGCACUGGACCCAUAUAAAGACUGAAACAUCCUCUGGGGGAAGCAGGGAUUGUCCCGGAUAUUAAGUUCAAAAUCAUUUAGAUUCCAGUUUGAAAGGACAGCAAGAAGGACAGUGCAUCUCAAUGCAAAAUAGGGUCAAGCUGGAGUCAUUCUUCAAGUCAUGUGUGUGGAAGGAAGGAACCUGAGAAGUCUGGAUGCCUCCGUGACUGCUACUUUGCAUGAAAAUCAUUUGAUAUAUAUUAGGAAAUAAUGAAAACUGUAUUUAAAGGGUUUAAAAAAAGAGGGAAAGAGAAAAAUUAAAGCAACCACAGUGGCCACACAGAUAAUUCAGCCAACAAAAUUCAAUUCCAAAUUCUCUCUCUCUCUCACUCGUCCGUUUCCUGUGGUGUGUGGCUCAGACAUUCUGCGAAUAGACUCCUAUGCUAAUCCGAAAAAUUGGAAAAUGAAAUUAUUCCUGCUCCUGGGAACUUUUAAAAAAUAUGAGCACAAGUUUGCACCAAACCUUUUUACACAAAGGAAGAUAAUAGUUUAGCUGGAAAUAAAUCCAGUGGCACCAGAAAGAACUUGACCUGAAUUACAGAACCAUCAGAUCAUCUAACCUGUUUGUCUUGAAAUCCAGCUUUAUCUGUGUAUUUAUAUAGUGUCAAUAUAUAGAUAUUAUAUAUAUAUUUUUCAAAUCCCACUUACUGUUGAAUGAUGGUGGGUCUGAUUUUAAACAUUUUUCUCUUUUAUUUCCAUUCCAUUUCAACACACAGCUCCACUCCGGUGUAAAGAUUCCACGGUAUUUUUGUUUGCUGCACUCGUGUUCCUGAAGAAUGUUCUGCCCUUUGUGGCAUUUGAAACUAAGGAAGUCAUAUACUGUUUAAACUGAAAUUGGUGCAUUGUAGGUUUCUACAGGUGCAAUUUAAGCAAAACCAAUUGGCUGAUCUUGUACAGUCGAGCAGAGCUGGGCUGAGACUGACUUAGUUGCUUGGGCUGUUAGUUGACUAGCGUUAUUUUGUUCCAGCCACAAUGUGAUUUCUUGCAGUAAAAAAAACAAACAAACUAAAACCAAUGUUUACAGCAAGUGAUACUUGAAAAGCGUAGACAUAGCGAGAUAACAUAUUUAUUGCUUUUCUGUUUGAGACACUCUUAUACUUACACAUAAGAUCAGGACAGACUCCAAUUGCAUUUUUCUCGCAGCAUAUGCAAGGUCACCCAAAGGUGAAGCAUAGGACUUUUUGUUGUUGUUCUUGGGGAGAGGGAGAAUCUUUACUCACAGUGAGAGAAACUCCAAAACGACGCACUCCGAGUGCCAGCCAACAUUGUCAUCUUUGUCUCUGUAUCUCAUUGUUAGGUUCAGUUUCUAACUGGCCAUAGCAGCCCAUCUUUUCAUGGACAGCGAAAGGCAAAUGUUUGUGAGUGUCUUUCCUUUAAAAGAAACCAAAGCUUUCCUGUCCCUUUAAAGAGUGCCAAGAGGCGGAUGGAAUGCUGUAAAUAUUUCUCUCUGUAAUAAAUAUUGAUAUUUGUGCAGUCUGCAGUGGGGGAGGAUGAGGUGAUUAGACCUACUGGAAAUAGAAGUAUCGACCAUAUGAGCCUUGGUGGUUGCAGCAAAAUAGCUACCAGAGUUUGUUUAAUGGAAUCAAAACCAGACUUGAAAAUGCCCAGCCUUAAGUCUCCUUGUGGAGAGGCAGUGUGUGCUAGCCAUGGACUCGCUGCGUGAUCCCAAGCUAGUUGUCAUCUCUCUCUGAUUCUUUCGCCAUCCCUGAAAUGGAGAGAGUACUAAUAAUUUGGGGUGCAUGAGCAUUAGCUAAUGUUUCUGAAUAUAAAGUACUGUUCAAAACCUGGUUGAAGUCAGUGAGGUCAAGAGUGCUCAGUACUUUGCAGGUCUGGGGGCUAAAUCCUGCUGCUACCCAAGCAAAACAAUCUCUCAGCAGCAGGACUCAAUCAAUAUGCUCCCAAAAGAUUAAUAAAGGGUGUGAGAAGUGAAGGGAGGCCCUAUAUUACUGAGGUCAGAGAGACUCAUAACCGCAGUGUUGGGCAGUAUGAAUCAGCUGUCUUAGUAGAGGAUCAAAUACUUCUCAUCUGCAUUUGCUUAAACAUCAUACAUUGGGAUCUGCCAGCAUGGACCACUCGGCUCAUGCAGAGUCAUGCUGAAGUUGUUGGGACUCCCCCUGGGUGCAAGGAUCCAUACUGAUGGAUCCAUAUGGAAGAUCGGGGCCUUAGUCUGCGCUCAAUCUGUGUCUCAAAGAAAAUUCCAUUUUGAUAAUUGCCUGACAACCUGCACCAUUUCAGCAGAAGGGUGUGAGAGGACUGUGUCAAAUUAUUGCUGUGUAGGUUAAGAACACUACAUUAACUACACAGUGAGAGUCCCAGAAUGUUAGUUUCUAGUCUAAAUGCAGCCAACAGAGGGGCAGGGGAGGGGGAAAACAUUCAGAGAAGUACUCAGGAAACUUGCUGUUUUAAUUACAAUUCAUUAAAAACCAUGCCAAGUUCACUUUCUUCUGAUAAUCCGCCUUUGAGAGUUUCUCUGGGUCCUAUUAAUAGCCUGAAAGAAAUACUAAUGACUGACCCUGUGCAAUAAGCCAAAGCUUUUGACAUUCACAAUAGCCUAAGCUUUGCAACAAGAAGGCUCUGAUUUACUGACAUAUUGGGAGAGCAGGGCAAGGAAAGGAAUAUGAGAAGCAGCACAGAAUACAGGCUGCCCGUUACCAAGAGAGUUCCCUUCUCGGGGACCCUUUGCCUGUAUGGUGAGCCUGAUGUCAAAGAGAGGACAUGUAGAAAUGUCGAGGCUGUCCUGGUAAAGGCCUAACAUCACAGUGUUUUGUGUAGCUGAUAAAUUUAAUACCCAAUCAUUAGAGCAAUUGCUAACCUGACAUGUUUGCUGCUGACAUUACAGAAGAUUGGAGCACAUCACAUUUGUGAUAGCCCCUAAAAAAUUCGGUUUUGACGGGGUGUUUUUGUUUGGUGGUUUUUUGUUGUUCACAAAGAUCCACCAAAUGGUUUAUGUGAAUGUUUUUGAGCCCUGCAAACAAGCUAUGACCAUUGGUUCAGGUAUUCAUAGUUCCCCAAUUGGUCAGCCAAGUCAAAUGGUCUUAUUUUUGCUUUCAGGAUGGUUCCCAAGCACUUCUAUGCUGAAUACUUACUUGCACCAGACUGACGAUAAGGUUCGAAGACUGUGAAAGCAAAGGCCUGGUUUUUCUUCACCCAGAAUGUUAGUGAACGAUAGUUUGCAGUAUCCACUCAACUCUGUGUAGCACCUAAUGGCCCAAAUGCCUUCAUGUCCAUUCAUUUUAAAUCCUUUAUUUAACAAGGCCUACACCACUUUUUCUCCCUGGAAUGGCUGGCUUUUUGCAUCUCCCUGAGCUUUGACUCCUGGCAGGAAACAUCAUACAAACUCUUUGCCCUUCUCUAUGUCCAGUUCCUCAGGUUUUCUUCCUUUGUUGAGUUCUUUUCUCCGGUCAAGGCUGAAAUCCUGAGUGCAUUACAGAGCCUAGAUCCCCUGCACAUCUAUGUAGGUGUGUCUGCCUGAGCAGCUCUCUGCAGAAGAUUUCUUUACCGGAGAAAUACCAUGUCCAUGGUUGUGCGUGGGUGUUUUACCACUCCUUUGCUGGAUGAAAUAUGUCAGUCCUGCCUAGUUGUUUUGUUUUUGUCCCUUAGCAACUCUCUCGCCCUCUGCUGGCUGGUGGCUUGAAAAGAGGCUGUAUUAUUCCUAAUCCUGUUGAAAGGUAAAGAAGAUUAGGGAAAAAUUACAGUGAUUACAGGGCCUGGAGGGAUUGAUUUAUGAGGAAGGAUGAAAAGAGCUGAACAUGUAUAACUUGGCUAAGUGAUGAGUAAGGGGAUAAUAUAACUAUAUAUAUUCCUUGAAUACUUGUAAGCACAGAGUAGGGAGAGAAUAUUUGAGGUUAAUAACUAGGGGUAUUUGGAGCCAACUGAGCAAAAGGGGAAAAUGUUUAACUGAUUACCAGGAGCAUUUUUCAAACAGUAAAAUCUGUUAGACUGUGGAAUAGUCUCCCAAGGGAAGCAGCAGAAGCCUCAGUAUUUAAAGCAGGUAAAAUGGGACUGGAAUUAGAGGUGUAGUAUAGGGAACACCAGCUGGAGUAGGGAUAGACUAGAUGUGACCUAGCAAGCCUGUUCCAUCUCUACUUUCUAUUAUUCGCCUAUAUAAUGGAAGUUUAAAGGAAGUUUGUGGUAUGAAACAGCCUGUCCCUUUAGGGCAAGGCCCUGGCAGUCUUUGCCCUGUUCUCAGCUCCUUUGUGAGUAAAGCUUCAGAUCUCAAAAUGGUAUUUUCUUUGUACUACAGGCAACUGACUCCAGGUUUGGUUGGUGGGGAGGCACUGAGUUUGCCUUAGAUGAAAUGAUUCCACAUCCAUUUUAGUGCUUCCCUCCCUGCACAAGGCCAAACUUGGUUUGGUGUUAUAAGUCACUAGCCUGCUUUGUUUCAAGGGUUUUGACAUCCGAGCAGAAGCUGUCAUUUCUGGAAUUUCUGUGUCUGGUGCUGCUAUUUAAAUAAUUCCAUUUAAUCUUCUGCUCGUGAGCGGUAUCCUGAGCCAUCAAAGAGCCCACUCCAAGGGGUAGCAAAGUGCUAACCAAAUGCCUUUCCACUUUGAAAGCCUUUAUUAAAAAACCCUAUACAAGAGUCCCAGCUUAUCAGCAGGCUUGCGUCUGCUGGGACCUUGUUCUUUAGCACCAAAAUGCUAUGACAGAGAGCUGUGGAGGUCAUAUUGCCUGAUUCUUCCCAUAGAGGGUGGGUAAGGGGAUCUCCCAGUGCUUAAAGUGAAGCAAGAGAAAUCAGAACAGGAAAACUGCUGAAGCCUUCAUAGCGUCUAGCUAUAUUAAGAAUGCCCUGUAGCUAUAUUAAGAACUGUCAUGACAAACAAGCAUUUUAAAUAAACUAGCCACAGCCCUGCUGCUAAUGGGAAACAUUGUAGGCAGAGGGAGAAAGGGGAGAUGUGUGUGACAAACACACUAUUUUGAAUGUUUAGGAUGCAAAUCUUUUCCUGGUGCUCUAGCAUAAUAGGGCCAUUGCAUGCAGCUGUUCUCCUCCUGUGCCAAUGGAAUCCUUCCUCUCCCUGGCGUGCAAUGCCUGUCCUAUGCAGUCUAAACACCCAGACAACACAACUCCACUUAAAUAAUAUAUUCUAUUGCUAAUAAACAUUUUAAAUGGAUUUUUACCAAAAAUCUCACUACAUUCUAUACAUGUGACAAUUUGGCUGGGAAUGUUGUUUAAGGAUUAGAGUAGAGAGCCUGAGAGUCAGGAUUUCUGGGUUCCAUUCUUGCCUACUGCUGAUUCACAGAGAGACCCUGGACAUGUUGCUUAGAUCCAAGAGUUCAGCAUUAGCUACUGAUUUGGGAUACCUCCGUUUUUGUUGCCCUACAUGAGAUGCACAUAAAGAGUCUGAUUUGCCAGAGACGCCGAGUGCCCACAACUCCAAAAGAGGUGAAGGGAAGCUGGUCUGUGUGCUGCUCUGAUGCCCUCCCAAUUUCAGGAAUUUGACAGGGGUAAAACAUCCUUAAGAAUUAUUCCUGUAACAUUGAUUAUUUUUUUAGCCUACGCCUAGAAUGUUUCCCAUUAGCAGCAGGGUUGUGUUUUCCCCCUGUCACUGGCAGUUCUCCUUUCAGUUUCCAGUGCUCUCAGUAUUUGCCUGUCAGGAGGACUCAAUUCAGCAGUCUAAAUGAAACAAAAACAGAAUGACUUGAAUGAGCUGGGACAUCAGGGGGAAACUCAAUGGUGACUGCACUCUGGAGAAAAGACAUAAAAAAUGUUCAGAGAAGGAUAAAUAACCAACAUCAAAGAUGCAUUAAAAAUACAGCAAAGCUUCAGUCCUCAUAUUUCAGUAUUUCAUUGUACCAUAAACCUUAAGCCAAUAAUACAGAGAGCUGUGAUGUUGUAUAUAGUUACUUGCUAGAUAAAGCUUGGUGAACAGUCUGAUCUGUAUAUUGAAUGUGUCUUCAGUGAAAACUUGAUCCCCACCCUAAGUACCCUUCAGCCUUUAACCCUUUAUCCCAAGCUUGUCAGGAUCAGCAGGUGAGAGGCGCAGGGCUAGUGUAUGUGGUAGCAAAAGGGCCCCGCAAUGUUAAUGCGGAUGGGGCAGCCCAAUUUUUUAGAUUAGAUACUACUUGGGGGAAUCAUUUGGGUUAAAAAUGUAAAGCCAUGCACUGACAUUUCUAAAGGCAACGCUAUUCGGAAGCCACUGGGCUGAAUAACCCAAAAUGCAAAAUCUAAAUGCAGGCCAGUCAGGCUAGUUUUAAAAGGGGGGCAGUUUUUGAAACUGUGAAGGCUUUGAACGUGUUUAUCUCUGUUUAAAAGGCUUCACAGAAGGGAAACGUCACUGUUCAAUUUCCAGUAAGCAAUAGUGCAAGGGGACUCCCUUCUGCAAGGGACAUGGUUACCUCUUACCUUCAUAAAGGCUCCCAGUUUGAAAGGAAGACCUUGAUUUUUUUUUCUUGCCUCACAAAAAUCCCCCCCUUUCCAACACUCCUGUUCUAGUUCAAGACAAUGUGAGAAGCCAAAUAGUACAAAAAUAGAUGGUGAGCAUUUCUUCCCAAUUAUGUUAAGAACAAACAUCUUAUAUCAAGCUUUCGUAAGCUCUCUACAACCCUUUGUGAUCCCCUCAAUGUUUUAUUGUACCUGCUGGCAAUGGCUCAGAUGUGCGGGGACGUUGUGAUGACAGCUUGGGGAUAAUCUUCAGAAAGAGGGUUUUCCUUCAGCAGGUCAAGGUUCCAUUGCAUAUGCAUAUCUUUCUGCUGCAUCAGCAGUAGGUGAGUGGUUAACGCACCUGAGUCUCGUGUGUUCUGCCCCGGUUAGUAACAAACACAGACCGGACUAAACAAGCAGCUCACCACCUUGCGUGGCUAUCUGAGACUCGUCGCUUUGGGGGCUUUACAUGAAACAAAUCAGGCCACAAUUCAAAUGACACCAUUUGUUUUGACUGUAUUGUUGACACUGAAGUUGUCUCUGUGUUUAUCUUUUUCAGUCUAAAGAGUCCCAUUUGCCUUUGUCUUAUCCAGCCUUUCCCCCCCUCCUGUGUAAAAAGUCUUCCCCCUCCCCCCCGCAAUGGGCAAAUAACUCAGAUUGUCAGGUUCCAGUAAAGAACCCAGAAGUUGGGAUGCUUAUCUGAACUCUCCAGGACUCUUAGGUCUGCAAAAUCAAACCAGAAAUCUCCUGCGCAGGCUUUCUUCUGAGAUUUCUAGCACUUCCUGCUGCAGAUAGGCUGGGGAAAGGAUGAAAACAGCCUCUCCUGUAGUAUUUUUGUCAUUUCCAGUCAGACAGUACAUGGAUGUGCAUAUAGGGGAAGCCAUCAAAAAGUAAAUAAGCAUCGUUCCAUAAUACUGACUCUGCCAUGUUAUUUCUUAUACUCAAAAUGUACUACCGCAAGAUACCCCUAUGGUACCACGGAGAGUGCUCAUUCGUUAAUGGCUCCUUCUGCAGGGACACUGAUAUGGAAAAUGGGUUUAGGGGGUGAGCAGGAAAUGGGAACCAAACUUUCUUGAAGCUCAAAAAAGGAUUGGCUUGAGUUUUUGGAUAAAGAUUUGCUGGGGGUGGAACGGCUUCUUAUUCUGUUUGACCCAUCCCUUAAAAAUAAAUGCAUACCAGUUACAAGGCAAACUGUCAUGGAUAAUAAAUUGAACUGCAUACUUUGCCCACCCCCACACAACCGUAACCUUUCUCUAGCUUUUCCCCCCUUCCCCUUAUAUUUGACACACUGGAGUUCUGUAUUAUAUUUUUUUUAAAGAUGGUUGUCUGGUUUUUGUUGUUUUUACAAGUGUUGUGGAAAAAAAUGUAAGAAAGUUUAAGUAUUUAAAAAUGUUCCAAGGAAAAAAGGUUUUUUUGUUAUUCUAAUAUAUGAUUGUGUACCUAUUGUAAAUAUGAAACACUCCUAUUUUGCAAGCCAAGGACUCACUUUGUACUGUUGUUAUAUAUAAAUAAAGUUUACUGGAUAAAAAAAAAA